CCCUUCCUACUGUCUUUCGCAAAAACUGUGACGAGCCUGCGCCCAAGGACGCCAGAAAAACAAACCAAGCGCUGUGUCGCAAGGCGCGCGUGACGGAGAGGAGGGCAGGCGUAAGAGGAUCCUGAAACGUGACAGAUCCCCCUUCGGAAGAAAUCGCCCUUCCUGGACAAAUCAUAGAAUGGUAGAGUGGAAGGGGACCGGGAGGGUCAUCUAGUCCAACCCCAUUUCGCCCAACGUGGGGUUUGAACCCAGAACCCUGAGCUGAAGAAGAGUCUCAUGCUCUACCGACUGAGCGCAACAAAGCAGGCUUGGGAAGCGUGAAGGGGCAAGGGAUCCUUCAGCUUUCUCGACUUCUGCGCCUUAAGCCGUUUCUCUCCCAACUUUAGAAGCAAAACAAUACAGAGCCCAACUCGGGUCCCGCCUCCCGGUCUCCCGUCUCCUCCCACCGCGCCUCGGAGGCAAAGGGCGCGCCAUGCCGGCCAAUGCGCAAGCCGAGCGUCAGAUUCGCCUCUCGAGGCGCAGCAGGAACCGAAGGAGGAAAUGAAACUGCCCGCUGGCGUCUUUCUCAAAUAAGGGGCGCCCGCGGAUCCGUCUUUUUCGGCUCACGCUGAGAGCGAAGCAGCAGGAGAGCAUGGGGGUCAGCCAGUCCCUGGGGUUGCCUCGUGGGAAGGGAGCCUUCCCGGUGGGCUGCACGGAUGUCAUGGUGGGGCAGACGCCAAAGGUACAGUGACUUGCUGGGGCGGGGAUGGGGGCAGAAGUGAGGCUGGCCCAGCCUGUCAGCUUGGAGGGUCCGCCGACCUGCGUCUUGUGGCAUUUUUUUUCUGUUCUCCCUACUUGAAAGUAGCUGGGGGUCUUGGCGGGCCACAUAAUGUAUCCGUCCCCCUGCCUGUGGUAGUCAUUGUAAUGCGCUGUGCUAGCUUGCUGUGUGAUUUUUUUAUUGCUUUGCUGCAUUCCUUACAUUGUAUUUUAUUGCGUUACAAGUUGAGUACAGACUCUGUAGGAUUCUGAUCGCCAGUGUCCUUCACAGGCGCGAAGCUCAGGGGCGGCUGGUGGUUUACAGACCACAGCUUGGGAACCCCCAGUUAUGUCACACCAAUUAUUUCCCAUUCCUUCCCCCUUCAAAAAAAAGGCUGGUUGGAGAGAGAGCAUAUUCUAACACAGCAGUUGUAUGAAUUGGGCAAUUAGUGGUUUUGUAUCUUGCCUUUAUUAUUUUUAUUCGUUUAUUAGAUUGUUGUUUUUCUCACCCUCCACCAUGACGUCCCCAUGGCAGGUUACAAUUCUUAAUUAAAAAUAUUUUUAAAUCAGUUCAAACAAUUUUCAGGGCAGAGAAAAUAGGGUGGGUUCUUUAAAAAUGUGUAUAUCACAUUUCUAGCCCACCUUUUCUCUGAGGAACUAAAGGUGGCAUUCCCCACAAAAACCCUGUGAGGUAGGUUAGGCCAAGAGGCAGUGACAGGCCCAAGGUCACCUAUUGAGCUUCAUAGCUUAGUAUGGAUGACCACAUAAUAAAGGUGGCAGCCUUGCCUCUGUGGGGAGGGGGAUUCCACAACUUAGGGGCUGCCCCAGGGAAGGUAGUUUCCCGGACACCCCGGCUACCCUUUGCACUUCAGGUGGUGGUGAAACUAUCCAGAGGGUGCCCUCUGCUGGUAUCGUUGGUCUCUCUGGUGUUUUGUUUUGGUGACUCACUGUCACCAGGAAAGACAGCUAAGGUUCUUUCGGGUGGGGGGGAGACAGGGUUGGGCACAGAGGGAAAAUGAAUAAUCUGGAUGUCAUCUAACAAGGUGACCAACUUGCAGGAAACAAACGCAGCCUGAUCUACUCCUGUGCCUUCAACAUAUUAUUUUAUUAAUUGAACAUAUGACAAGGAGAGCAUUCCUGAUCUAUGCCUUCCGAAGUAAGAGGGUAUAGCUCUGGCAUGCUCUCUUGUGUAGCAGGGGGUGGGGAAUCGCAGAUCCAGGGGUGCAGAUGCAGCCCUCCCAGCCUCUUGGUUUGACCCUUGGCAUUCUCCACAAGCCACACCCCCUCACUGGCCUUGCGUCACUCCCUGCGGUGACAGGAAAGUGUCCUCUGAACCCUGAUACUGUAGUGCCUCUUGCUUACUUAGAUAAAGGAGAGGAAGAGAUUUGUAUGUUGAAACAAGCCUACUGUUCUGUGCAAAAUAUCCAUAUGCCUGGCACAUUUUUACCUCUGGAGUCAUCCUCCACUGUCAUGUGGCCCCCAGAGGGCUGCCUAGGAUGGAAUGUGGCCCUCAAGCUGAGAAGGUUUCCUCCCCCUUUUGUACUGACUGAAUUACAUUAGGGCAUAGGAUGGGAACUGGGAGGCUGUGCCCAAAGCUUCACAGAAAAGGUGGGAUUAGGAGAACAGGCUUUUUAAUUUUCAAAAUUAACUUUUUAAAACAAAACAAAAUGUAUGUGGUUACAGAUAGCUAGAUUUCCCCUUGUCCUAGGCACCCCCAACCCAUGAAGGCACACAUCUGAUAGUUAUUUUUUGUUGACAAUAGCGCCCUGACACCCCUCCCAUGCUUUCCGCAAUACAAAUGUUAAUGCUACCUACAAAUAUGAAUUAAAUAAAAAAUAAUCAUAAGAUGGUUAUCUGUUGCUUCGCAGAAACGUUAAUAAAUUUUAACUUGUUAUACUCAUCAAAUGUAUCCAGACUCUGAAGAGAAGUAGCUGAGAUUAUUGGUCCCAUAUAAAUGCAAACAAUACCAGUAUUCUGUUGGGCUCUUCUGAUUUUGCUAUACUGUAUAAUCAAUGAAGUCAGGCCAAAUUUGUUUUUUUUCAAUUUGUCCCCUAAAUAAUCACACUUUAGUCAUCAACUUCUCUGAAACUUGCCAAAAACAUACCUUUUUAUACCACGCCUCUAUAGAAAGGCCCUCCACAUAUUUCCAGUAUCUAGAGAUGAAUAGAUCUGCAGCCAGCAAAACAAAUCCAAGUACAGUUUUAACUUUUCCCAUCUUUGUUCUGGUUGCCCCCAGAUACUUCCCAGUGCCAGUGAGGGCUCUGGUAACAAGUCCUGUGCUGUAACUUGGAUUAAUUUCAGUAAGCGCAAAGGAGACAACCGUACCUCAUUCCUACAGACUUUAAUGAAGAAAAAGGUGGUGGUGGGAGAAAGUGUGGAGUCCUCCUUCUCCAGGCAGGCACUUGAGUUUACGCUACAAUCUCUUUUCUCUUCCUCAGGGCCUCUUCUUCCGCUUAUUUUACCCCUGCAUCCAGCAGGAUGGGGCAGAACAGCCCUUUUGGAUCCCUCGCUAUGAGUACUACUAUGGAAUCUCCGACUACUUGAACAUGAACAGGAAAUGGUGUGCCCCACUGCUUAGCGUGACUUUCGGUAAGGGGUUUGCUGGCUGCCAGCAUCUAGGUGCAGUACAGUGGUACCUCGCAAGACGAAUGCCUCGCAAGACGAAAAACUCGCUAGACGAAAGGGUUUUUUGUUUUUUGAGCUGCUUCGCAAGACGAUUUUCGCUAUGGGCUUGCUUCGCAAGACGAAAACGUCUUGCAAGUUUGUUUCCUUUUUCUUAACACCGUUAAUACAGUUGCGACUUGACUCAUAGAACGCGGUGUGGUAGCCUUUUUUGAGGUUUUUAAAGACUUUGGUGAUUUUUGAAGCUUUUCCAAAACUUUCCUGACACCGUGCUUCGCAAGACGAAAAAAAUCGCAAGACGACAAAACUCGCGGAACGAAUUAAUUUCGUCUUGCGAGGCACCACUGUAGUGCUGCUUUUGUGCCCUUCUUCUACCUGUAACCCUUAAGAUCUUGACAUUUGCUCAGACCAGCGGUACCAUCAGGGCAGGACUUUGGGGCAGAAGCUUGCUGCUCAGCAGAAUGAACUGGAAUUCCCCCACCUCCCAAAUGCAACAGUUGCUGGCUUGCAACAAUUUGAAGUAACAUCACAUCUGCACCAUAUGUUUAAAGCACUUAGAAUCCUGGGAGCUUUAGUUUGCUAUGGGUGCCAGGAAUUGUAGGGGGUAAACUACAGUUCCCAUGAUUUUGGGGGGAAGGAGUCAUGUGCUUUAAAUAUAUAGUGCAGUAAAAGCAUCUGUUGGAAGAGAGGCAUAAGAUCAGUCAAUCCAGUGUCUUAAAUUUACUUAACUUGUGCCACCAGUACAAGCAAGAACUACGCCCAGUAGAUGCUGCUAACCUGCGAUGUGCACCUUGCAGGGAAUGCGAAAGGGUUGUGCCUUUUGUAUCUGAAACAAUUCUGAACUUCAAGAAACCACUAAGAAAAAAUGAGAGAGUGAAAGGUUUUCUUGGGUAGCGUAGCAUAAUUGAGAUAGUGAAGCACUGACCACUUGCUGCAUAACAAGGCCUUGGAACAUUCAUAUGUGACCAUUGAUUUCCACAGGUUCGUGCAAGAUCCCUGUGAGCUGGGAUGCUCCUUUUAAACCAUGUUCCCACAAGUAUCCGUUGAUCAUAUUCUCCCACGGAUUAGGAGCCUUUCGGUAAGUUUUUUCUGCUUACAUUUCCUUCAUCUUUUCAAGACCUCAUGUGGACUGAUAAAAUGGACAGUGCAAAUGAUAAAGUGAACGAUGAUACGUGGCUUGUCUGGUACAGUAUACGUAAAUCCACCACUAAUGCAGUGUUGUAUUGCAUCAAUGACAUGUUGCGAGAUACACCUCCAGAAAAACACACCCAAGUCUAGAAGGGCCUUUAGGCCGGAACGGCUGCUACUGGGUGACUGUAGAGGGGGGGAGGCCCAAUGGAGCUGGCCUUUCAGCAAAGGACAGUAAUGCUGGGAAAAACAAUGGAUUAUGACCAAGAGGUCACUGCAUUAGCCUGUUGCAAUAUACAGUGGUACCUCGGGUUACAGACACUUCAGGUUACAGACUCUGCUAACCCAGAAAUAGUACCUUGGGUUAAGAAUUUUGCUUCAGGAUGAGAACAGAAAUCAUGCGCUGGCAGCAGCGGGAGGCCCCAUUAGCUAAAGUGGUACCUCAGGUUAAGAACAGACCUCUGAAACGAAUUAAGUUCUUAACCCGAAGUACCACUGUACCUGGCAUUUCUUUGGCACUUCAGAGUAUCCAACGUGCGUCACAAUCUUUAGCAUUCCUGGAGUUCUUAAAACAGGCAGUGUUCCUUGUCUGAGUGGCAUUUUUGGGCACAAUCAUCUGGAACAAGAGCAGUCCUCUAGCUGCUUAUGGGGCACUAAAACUGCCAACAGGUUUGGAUCUAUUUCAAGAGGGAUUGGAAAGAUGCCUUAGAUGUGAAAAACCCGCUCUCUGCCGUCCAGUCUUCCCACAAAUCCUUGUGAGCUCAUUAGAAAGCACCAAGGGAUAAAUAUCGACUAGAACGGCUUAGUUCACAUGAGCCCAGACACAUCUUGCAUUAGACUUUGAGUGAAUGGUUGUUGCUUUUUAAAGCGCUUUUAGUGUUAGCUGUGAUCUUGUGUUUAAUUCCCCUCCCAAACUGACAGCCCGUUUACACUACCAUUGUAAACAGGAUUUCUAUGUAGGAAGCUGCAAGGAACCAUAGAAGUCGUGUUUUUCUUUGGAGGGAGGCUGAGCAACAGCGAGGCUACUACAGUCAGUUUCAUACCAUACACUGCGAUACCAUUUUAAACAUUCAUGACUUUUCCCAAAGAAUUCUGGGAGUUGUAGUUUGUUAAAGGUUCUGGGGGUUGGUAGGAGACAUCUAUUCCCCUCACAGAGCUACAAUUCCCAAAGGUCCCUGGGGAAAAGGAUUGAUUUUGUUAAACCACACUGUGAAUUGUACCUCUAUGAGGGGAAUAGGAGUAUCCUAACACCUUUAACCCCCCCCCCCAACAAACUACACUUCCCAGGAUUAUUUUAUGGGCGCUAUGACUGUUUAAAGUGGUGUCAUCAGGCUUUAAAUGUACAGUGUAAAGGUGGUCUGAAGGAGCAUGGAGGGGAGGGGUGCCAGGUUUUAGUGUUCUGCACUCAGGGCUGCAUGCGAAUCAAUAUUUUGUAGAAUAUACUCCUCUGAAGGUGUGAUUUCAGGUGACCCAAAGCUUACUGAGGGGUGUAGAAUGCCAAUUUCUGAUCUGGGUCAUCAUCACACCUUUGAAUGUUUUCCAGCAGAGCAGUUAUGUUCAGAGAAAUGUACUGUAUUGUGCAUCUUGAAGAAUGUCAUCUCUGUCUCCUGGACAGAGAUAGAUAGCAUACAGGUAGAUUAAUUUUUAUUUUGAGGUUCAGGAGCAGACACACUUUGGUUCAGGACUGGCUGAUCUAUAGCCCAGGCGUUGGGACCUUUGGUCCUCUGGAUGCUGCUAAACUACAAUGCCCAUCAUCCCUUGCCAUUGGCCACGCUUGCUGGGUCUGGGAGGAGUUGUCGUUCAACAACAACUGAAGGAUCAAAAGUUCCCACACACUUCCUGUGGCAUUCUAGAUGUUGCUGAACGAAACAAAACAAAAAUCCAGAGGAACUACAGGGGUUUUCCACUAUUUGUAACGUUAUCUUCACUGUUUCAAUUUCCAGAACUGUGUACUCUGCCAUCUGUGUUGAAAUGGCUUCCCGUGGUUUUGUGGUGAUGGCGCUUGAGCACAGGUGAGAGGUGGAAUCCCUUUAGAACAGGAAGACAUCCCAUUGUUUGUGUGCUUUGGUAUGACUCUGAUAUGCUGCAGUUGCCCACCUCACUCACGUGUGCAUUUGCUGGAUUCAUCCACGGUUUGUAAGCAUCUGUUCCCACAAUUCCAGCAGUAUGAAAGGGAAAUUGGUAUCUAAAAGAGCAAAAGGAGAGUGUGUGAAAUAAUCCUGUGGGACUAAAAUACAUUCCUACAAUCUUGGUUCCAACUGGGACUCUGGAAAAUUUGAGGUGCUGAACUGGACCCGUCUUCUUUGCCUGACUGCCUGUACUUGGUUUGUUUUUCCCCAGAGACCAUUCUGCCUCUGCCACUUACUUUUGCAAGUUGGAUCCUGAAACGCCAGACUUCCCUGAGGCUCAGAUACGGGAAGAAUGGCUCUCGUAUCAAGGGGUGCCGAAAGGUCAGAAGGAGUUUCGCUUCCGAAACCCACAGGUAUGCUCUGAUGCACACACACAUUUGUUUUGUUCUUAGUCAACUCCUCUAUGGUGCAAAGAAGAAUAAAUAUUAAAAUCUUAAUAUCCCUUGGCAGACUCCCCUGCUAGCAACCAGUCCAAAAAGAUUUUGUAGUACUUCUUUUUUUAAAAAAAAAAUGUUUGAGCACCUCUCUGUGUGCCCUUGCAGCUUGAACUUGGCACAAAGAUUGUGUUUUUCAAAGCAAGGGUGGCACCCUCCAGAUGUUACUGGACUCUAAAUCCCAUCAUGCCUGAAAAUUGGCCAUGUUGUCUGAUGGAAGUUGGACAACAUCAGGAGAGGUACAUGCUCCUCACUGUUGGCUGAACUUGGAUCACAAAGAGAUGAGUGUUUUCAAGGUAUUAUCAGCUGCUGUGAUCAAAGUCAUUUAAGGUAGUUUACCACUCCUCCAUGCCCGUGCCCAAAAAUCCAAGAAAGGUUAACAGAACAUUGAUCUAUAUCUUGAGUCUACUCUAUCGGUAGGGGAAGUUAGAACAUGGGCUGUCAGAGGCAAGGCCUUCACAGUGGUGGCCCCAAGGGUGUGGAAGCUUCUUUCCAUCCUUGCAGGUUUCAGGUUGCUUGAAGAAAAGGGUGGUUAGACUUGUCAUCUUUUGAAAAUUGUUUAAAAUAUGACCCUGCAUAAAUAAAUAAUAAAAAGCCCAUAGUAGAAUUUUUGUGGCUGACAUUUGGUUCUUUGUCAGGGACAUUUGACAUGUCUCUGGGCGCUCUUCUCUCUGCUUUUUAUGUUUUUUAUUUUCAUUUUCAAUUUUGCAUUGUAAAAUUUGGAGGAGUUCAGAUCUCAAAGGAUGGCUGCGUUUCAGUUUGUGUAUUGUUUCAGAAAGUGUGAAUUUGAUCCCUGAUCCCUGCUCCAGACUAAUCACAAACUGUAAGCAAGGUUUGCCCUAUGAUUUACAAAUUGUGAUUUAUUAGUAACAGUUAAGCAACAAGCCUGGAUGUCAGGCUUUCGACUUCUUUUCUGUUUUCACACAAGCACUUUUAAAUAGGGCUUAACCUCAUUAAAGCCAGCUAACGAACAAGAGGAUUAACCAUAGACCUUCUUCUUGUUGUUGCAGCUUCAUCAAAGAGCAAACGAAUGCAUACGAGGACUUAAGUUGAUCCGGAGCAUCGAUAGCGGCAAGGAUGUCGUCAACCUCUUGCGCACAGAUUUUGAUCUGUCUGUGCUGAAGGUAAAACACCUUGCGCUCUUCUGGUCUGUCAUGUGAUGUGAGGCAACCGUAUACCUUACUUAAUGGCUUGCCAGAGAGCAAAUAGCGCUUAAUUCUAAAUAACUGCUGCUAUUAAUUUCUGUGCCACAGCUGAAGUUUGUGUUCACAGCUGCUUAAGGUAGAUCGCCAUUGUUCCCAUUUUACAGAUGGGAGGACUGAGGCUGGUUGCUCUGUGUUCAUGGCAGAGAAGAUAUUUGAAUCUAGGUCCCCAUAAGUAGCUCUCAAAUCUUUUCUAUGUCAGCUUUGUGUGCUGAGAAACCAGUGUGUAUUGCUGGGGAUUCUGGGAGCUGCUAUUCUUUCUCCCUAGCAGCAUCCCAUUUGUAGAACGCUCUCCCCCAAGAGACCCACCUGCCAUCUACAUCAAUGUCAUUUCAGUGCUAGAUUAAGAACUUUAAAAUUUCCCCCCAUAAUCUUUUAAAUCUAACCUGUUAUCUCUUCCACUUCUCUCUCUCUCUCUCUCUCUCUCUCUCUCUCUCUCUCUCUCUGUGUGUGUGUGUGUGGCAUGUGUUGCGGGGUGCUUUUAAUGGAUCUCUGAACUAGAGGCAGUUGUACCAAUUCACCUUGCUUCAGAAGUCAAUACAAGGCAUACCACUGCAGAAUAAGCAAACAUAGUAGCAGCAGGCAGGAGAGAGAAGGGGAUGCUGGAAGCUGAGUCAGACCAUUGCUCCAUCUAGCUCAGUAUUGUUGACACUGACUGGCAGCAUCUCUCCCGCAUUUCAGGCAGGGGACGUUUCCUGCCUAGAGUUGACAAGGAUUGAAUCUGAGACCUGAAGAACACACCACAGAUGCUCUGCCACUGAGCUGAGCUACGUCCCUUCCCUGUGGCUGGGGCAGCAGUCCUUGAUGUGAAAACAGGAAGGGUGAAGCAUGUUACUUUAUGAGUGCCUAUGUGCACCUGUAAAACUACUGUGGGCUAGUCCAUUAGGGCAGAGGGGACACUGUCCCAACAACCUCUGUCUACCUCCAGCCAGUCGUCGUCCCCACCUGUCCUUUUAAAUUCCACCUGGGGGUGUCCUCGGCUAUCGGCUUCCUUCUCCUUAGCCUCAGUGUUGUCCUUAUAGAACUCAGCAGGGAGGAGGAAGGGAAGACAAUGAGAAUUACUUUGCUCUGGCUCUACAUUCCGUUGGCUUCCCUGCCUUCUGCCCUCCCAGUCCCAAUAGGCAGCUGCCACCACUGUGUAAAACAUUGCGGGGUAUACAUGGAGAUGAUUCACGCAAGCAACCUCAGGCUGCUUCUGUUAACAGCCUGGCCUCACUCGCACCCACCCUCCCAUCUGUCUUCCUCCUCCUGAGGCCUCCCUGUGAUUGUAUCCUUUGGUCACCAGGGGGAGCCAGACCCUGUUUUGCUUUUCUCAAAAGGUACAUCUUGGCCACGUGGGAGCAGAAUCAGCAGAAAGAAACAAAAGAAAGGCUCUCCAAAGCAUUUUGUUGCUGCCUCUCCUUUUUUUGUUUCUCUUGAAAAAGCGAAAUCCUUCUGUGUCCUCUCCUAGUCCCUUAUUGCUUUCCUCCUCCUGAUAUUUAGCAAUCCUCAUUCACGUUACCAGCCCUGCAGAAGCUGUUGCAUCACGUACCCUGCUUCCUGCAAGACCUGCCAGCAGUGGCUUCUGCAGAAAGCCACCAAGGAACCUUAUGAAGCAGGGGGGUGGAACCUUCUUUGGCUGCACAGGCCAGAUCCUUAUCAGGAGUGGCCGCAUGGAACAUAUUUGGCAGGUGGGCAGGGCCAGCACCUGUCAGUCACCUGGUGCCGCAAUGACAUCAGGCGAUAUGGUGCUUUGUAGUCCCAGGGUCAGGACUUCAAAGCACUUUGCAGGCAGCAAGGUUCUACUAAAACAGAGGAGGGAGAACUUCAUUUCAGCAGGGGUUUCAAUGCAAGCCCCUUCAUGAUCAGAAAGGGGUUCAUACUGAAUCCUGCUAAACUGACCAACCAAACUCAACUAGGGGCGGGGCCUUUUCUGGUGGGACCCCCCCCCCCGGGAAUGCCUCCUUUUGCUGGUUGGUGGAAGCCCUGGCUUUCAAAAAACCUUUUAGGUAAUUGUGACACUUUUGUUAGCUCAGUUCUGCGUUUUGAUUCAUUAAACAGGUUGGACAGUGCUAACGUUUAAAACCUUGGGGCUUUUUAGGGAUUGUUUGUACUAUUUGAGUCAAAAGAGAUGGUGUCGUAUUUUUAAACCAAUUCAGGCAACAAUCGAUUCAGGAGAUCCUACAGUUCAUUGAACAUACAAUCUCCCCAUACCUUGUAGCCACGACUCUCUUAGCAUUCCUUGGUGAUAGUUUGUUGAAGAAUGAAAUCUCUGGGGAGUGGCUUCAACUUUCAGAGGUUUCCUUCCCUUCCCUUCCAUUCCAGGACAAUGUGGAUUUGUCCAAAGUCUCCGUCAUGGGCCACUCUUUUGGAGGAACGACGGCUGUGCUGGCUCUUGUUAAAGAAGCCCAGUUUAAGUGAGUAUGCUCUAGAGCAGUGUUUUUCAACCUUUUUUGGGCAAAGGCACACUUGUUUCAUGAAAAAAAUCACGAGGCACACCACCAUUAGAAAAUGUUAAAAAAAUUAACUCUGUGCCUAUAUUGACUAUAUAUAAAGUAAUUCUCUUGAAUAGGAAUCAAAUAAACACAAAGAAAGUAUUUUAUAAUUACUUUAUUAUGAAAUAGUAAGUAAACAGAAAUAUGAAAAAUUGUAAAAUACUUUAUUCAGUGCGCAACCUGGGCCUGUUUGGCUGAACACAAAGCUGAUAUUCUGGCUGGAAUCGAAGAAAGACACACAUGUAGCUCUUCGUCAACAGCUCUCAGUCUCUCUCUGUAUUUAGUUUUUAUAGCAAUCAUGCUUGAAAAGCUCAUCUCACACAGAUAUGUAGUGGAAAAUGGGAGCAAUGUCAAAAUAGCUUUGUUUGCCAGAAGGGGGAACUCCUUGGCAGAAUCCAACCAAAAACUGGCCAAAGGUAGAUCAGCAAAUCUUAGCUUGAAACCACGAUUUUGUCUCAGUUCAGUUAGUUCCUCCUGCUCCUGUAAAGUCAUGUCCUUUCCACCAACUGAUGCUGAGCUAUAAGGGUCCCUAACCCAGUCAAGGCAUUCAGUGGAGACUGAAGAGAAAUAAAAUGACAACUUCUCCGGUCCUCCUGGUGACUCGAGUUGCGACGUCUUCUUCUCUCCGCUGCUGCGCACACUGUGCUUGGGCGGGAAGGAAGUCGGAAGAUGAUGUUCUACUGUGAUAGGUCCAGGCUGGAGUCUGGACCAAUCACAGCCCGGACAUCAGAAAAGUGGAGGGUGUCCCCCUGAGGAGCGCCAAUCGGCGCCCCUGCUGGCCGAGGGUGGGGUCAAAAACCCCACCCCACCCAUACCCAGGACACAGUCCGGCGCCCGCCUAGUGGGCGAAAAUUUGAAUUUUUUUAAAAAAAAUCUUUCGAAUUUUUCAAUUUUUCCCACGGCACACCAGGCAACAUCUCGCGGCACACUGAAAAACACUGCUCUAGAGGCUGCCUGGGAGACUUUGGGGCAGCCUAUUUUUAAAAACUUCAGAGCGGUAGCUGGGGACAUCCUUCUAGUAACACGCUGCCUGGUGGGAAUCCAAGGCCUUGGUUACCUGGUUUUAUCUCCCCCUGCAGGUGUGCUGUUGCCCUCGAUGCCUGGAUGUUCCCUUUGGAGAACUCUGUCUACCCGAAAGUGACCAAGCCAGUGCUUUUUGUCAACACUGAGUCCUUCCAGACUGCGGAGAGCGUGGCCAAAAUGAAAAAGAUCAGUGCUGUGAGCAAGGAAACCAAGGUUAUAACCAUCCUGUAAGUCUGAAGGUCUGGACUUGCUCAACUGGUGUGAUCAGAGCUUUGUCAUAAUACAGCUCUACACAGGGAGUAAAUGAUUGCAGGUUUGCAAUCUGAAGCGGCUGUGGCGCAUAGAGGAAGCGAGGAGGGGGAAUGAGACAGACAGGGGAGGGUUGAGAUGAUAAGCAGAAAAAGAGAUGAAAACCAGUUUGCAAAAGCACAAGGAAAGGAUAAUAAAACAUAAAAGAGGAGUGCGGAGUCCCAAAAGAACCAAGAUAGGAUCAGCCAUCAGAAAUGUCAUGCCGCCUUGAUUCAUACUUAAACUGUUCAGUUCUUUAUUAUUGCAGUCACAGAUCAGCCACUAAAUUACAAUCAAACACAUGCAAUUAGCAAUUUACGAGCCAGCAGACUAUGAAAAAUUAACAGCCCAGCCCAAAAUCUAAGACGUGUGUGUGUGUGUGUGUGUGUGUGUGUGUGGUUCACUGGUAUGCUUAGGAUGGAUUACUGAGUAAGAAGAUCCGGUUCUUAGUCAUGCAUUCUGAUGCACAGAAUUUUGCCAUUUUGGUAGUAAUUUCAUUAGGGGUGUCUUGACAGGAAGAGGAGGGAGGUGUAAAAAUUAUCAGCUCUUCCUGAGAAAUUAAUUUGAAUGGGUGUAAUAUAUAAGGAGCAAAUGUCUUUAUAGUGUGAACAGUAUAGUUAUGCACGCUCAGCCAUUUUGAUGCCCAAUUGACAAGGGCAGACACACUGGUUACACAUUUACCAGUAUGGCAAGUGCUAAAUGGUUAAAGUAGGUCUAAGUGAAAGCUCUGCUAUAAUAUUUGGGAAUUUCUAGAGCGUAAAGGUAAUCGGCUAGAAUGAAGCUUUUGCUGCAGUUUCCAGCUGUUGGUACACUCAACAAACUUAAGCUGUGCAAAGUUCAUUUGGGAUUUGGAGGUCAAAUUCGUAGGAAACUAUUUUUUAACCAGCAGUUAAAUAAACAUGGCAUUUUUCCUUUAAAGAAGGGGCCUGGUGGAUCAGACCUAGGGCUGGGGGAGACGUUUGAUUCAGUUUGCAUUUAAAGGCGAAUGUACCUAAUCUGCCCUUUCCGAAGUGGCCUCAUCCUUCGAAAUGGGCACUUCUCUGAAUUUUGUGCUGCAGUUUUCCUGCCAACUGUUGUGUGCAAAAAUGCAUAUACUAGGGCAGUGUGUGCAUACAAAUACAUAUGUUCAUGAAAAGAGCAUUGUCAAAGUGCUUGUGUCCACUUCUCAGGGGUACAGUCCACCAGAGUCAGACAGAUUUCACCUUCCUUGCGGGGAACCUCGUGAACAAAGUCUUCAGAACCAGAGGCACCAUCGACCCCUACCAGGGCCUUGACAUCACCAGCCAGGCCUCUCUUGCCUUCCUGCAGAAACACCUCCGUAAGUCAAUGUGGUGGUGGUGUUUAUGGACCGUGCCUUUGGAGGAAGGUGGUGGUUGUUCCAGCGAGCUGGGAGGGUUUUAAAGAAUUGCCAUUUCCUCUGGGUACUAAUGGAUCCAGUGGUGUUCUUCCUUUUAAUGCUUGUAGCGGAGCCUUGCCAGCAGUUACAUCAUGUGCAAUAAUCAUCUUCCUAAGCUAAUCCCCAUUUCUUUUCGUCCUUCCCUAGAGCUGAAAGAAGAUUUUGAUCGGUGGGAUAGUCUUCUGGAAGGUGUUGGUGAUUCUGUAGUUCCGGACAGCCCUUUGCAGAAGUCCAGCCUCUAGACCUGGGGGAACGAACUUAUCUCUCUCAAGUGCUUUUGGCCAGUCUCUGUUUCCCCCAACUUAUGAAGCUGGGAGGAGCACGUUCUAAAAAUCAGUCACUGUCCAGACACAGCACCUGCUAUCAACUUCAUGGUGGGUUUCUUCUUGCUGCUGCUACAAGAGUUCCCUAAACAUGCUCCUGAGCCCUCCAGGACUACAGAGAGUUGAUCAGAAAUGCUUCCAUCUUUUGGGCUGAUCUGUCUGUUCCUCUGUGAUUUUUUGGAGGAAUAGAAAUAAGGGUUGUCACUUUGGGGACCCAUCCUUGAGGAAGUUCUCUUGCACAAAGUCUUUCUGAAAUGAAAGAGAGCUUGACCACAACAUAGCACGUCUGGGUUGAAUUCCCCCUUUGACGGCAUCCUUUGCCAUACAAAAUUAGAAGAGUGCUUAUUUUGGAGUUGUGAAACAUUUCUGAACAGGACAAAAAAUGUCAGCCAAAUAGUGGCAUCAAGUGAAUGAAGGAUUGGGCCUAGUGGUUUACAGCUCACCAUAGACACUAGAAUGAAGAUUAUCCCAGGUUGGAGAAGUUCAGUGCUGUGUAGAAGCAUCUCUCUCUGAAUGCUUUUUUAUAUAUAUACCAGUUAUUUCACAGAUGUUCUCAGAACUAUCAUCAUCUUUCAGAUUGAUUCCUCUUGGUGCCUCUGUAGGCUUUUCUUCUUUUUAAUUGUACCCAAACAGUAAUGCAAUCUCUUUGGGGCAUAGUGAAUCUCUCUAUACAGUUACAAUAGGCCAAAUGUAGCAAAGACAGUGUAGGGAAGCAAUUGCGACUUUGAUUUCUACAAAAUGGAGAUCCUGGUCCUUAAAUAUGUCUUGAAAUAAUAUCUGCUGGCCCUCACAACUCCUUUAAUCAUGGAGAAGUGGGCAUUAGCCGUAGUUAUACAUCUGUGUGAGAUGGAAACUCCUCUUCAGCUGGCCUGCAGGCUAAGAAAAGAACUUCUAGUGAUACCAUCAUAGGGAAGGGAUGCCUUGUACCAAGAAUGCACCUGGGGGCGUGUGAGCCCCAAAAGUGUUAAUGCCUCUCAGCAGGAAGGCCUUAAUUAAGAUAAGCCAAUUAAGCUUAAUUAAGAUAAGGCUGCAUCCCAGAACCCUUGAGUUCAAUAGCAAGGCUUGAACCUGCAACACAUGAAGUACUUGCCAGAUUGCCUCGGAGCACUUUCCAAGCAGCACUCUUGCAUAUCGUGUAUGCACUUUAAUUUUGGACUUAAUGGGGAAAGUAGCUAAGAGUGCCACCUUUGAGUCUUGCUGAUGAAUGUGAGUGUCAGGUAUACCUAACCCUGUCUGGUACAAGGUGUGACCCACCACAUAUGGUGGAUCUUCCCGAAUGCUUGAAUGACCCUCCUGUGUUUACUGUAUGCCCGAGACAGCAAAAACCAAGACCUAGUUUACCUCCACCGUGUUGCCUUCUCUAGCCCCGGUGCAAUUUCAGAAAGUGCACAGCCCUAAUGUCCCUCUUGUGUCUGUCAAAAGUGCCUGCGUUGUUUUCGUUUGUUUGUUGAAUUGGAAACUUGAGCUUCAUAACAUGUUUAUAUGAAAUUCAUUUUGCUUGGACUCUUUAUUUUUACAAGGAGGGAGGAGACAGUGGGAUCACAGGACAGAGCAAAGGACCCUUCUCAAUAGCCACUCAGGUUAUAUGGUUAGGGGGAGAGAUAGGCAAAUCUGUCAAGUUCAGUUUCCAUCCAUUUUUUAAUUUUUCCAAUCUUCAGUUAUCCACAUUUCCCGCCAGUUUGCAAUUUUUUGUCUCAAAAGCGCUCUUUAAAGUUCAUCAGCAUUAUGCAUUUCUUCUAAUGUACAUAUUUUUCUAUGCAAUUUUGCCUAAUAUACACAUUUUUGCAAAGCAGUUUUCCCCAGAAUAAUGCACUUUUGUAUUUUAUAUCCACUAAUAUAUAUGCAUUGUUAUGCACACUU